GUGGUGAAAUUAAUUGUGAAAUAAUGGCUAAUGAUAGUGAUCAGGGUGGUUGUAAAUUAAGUGGUGAACAAUUGAUGAAACAGUCAUUCAAUAGUGAUAAAGUUUUGUUUGAAUGUGUGUCCAAACGGUUCCGAAAAGUGAUUUUCAAUCAACAGACGAGACUAUCGCUGAACCGAUGGAAACCGGAGGACAGGGAUGCGCUGAAUAAACUAUUGAAACCCAUAUCCAUCAGGGAUUACAUGACGGCGAGGGCUGACAGCGACGGCUAUAAACGCAUUGACAAGAGAUCACUGAAAAAUUCACCAGAUUUCGAUCACUUGAACCUCGAAAGCGGCGACUAUUUUCCCAAACUUCAAGUUAUCAACAGUUAUUCGAUUAAUGCAAAUGAGAUGAACAUUUUUGACACAUUUUGCCAUAAUUACGGCAAUUGUCUGACAAAAAUUGACAUCACUUUGGAGUCCGACUUAGAUGAUAGUCACGUGAAGACCAUUUUUGCCGGUCAGGAGGACCAGGAUCAGUUCACGGCCAUUGAUUUGACACUAUUUGCUGAUAAAAUACCGCAAAAUCUCACACUUUUUGUUGAACCCAUUGAAGACGAUAAUAAUGAAGAA